AGGAUAUGUGUGUCUCUUUAGAAUGUGAGUUCUCAAAGGAAAAUUUCUGUUCAUAGGAAUAUACAUAGGGAUGCUAAAAACUAUCUAUGAAGGAGGCUAUAAAGCUAAACAAUUAUGAGAAUCAUCACUUCAUUUGUUGUUGUUCUCCUGCUCUGAUGUACUGUCCCUGCCAGAAGACACACCAUUAAAGGUCAGGCUGCAGACAACCAAGUCAAAGGGAGGAGACAGCCCAGGGGUGCCUCCUCCACUCCCCUCCUUUGCUCUCAUGCACAGCUCCACAUGGCUAUGGCUGAAGUCCUGGUACAUAUGAAGAUUACUUUCCUGAUGCUCUGCUUGGUGGUGUUUCUCUUCCUUUCUGGAUGGCCCCAGACUGGGCACUCUCAACACGACAGCCACCCAGAAGUGGUAAUACCCUUGAGGAUAACUGGCACUGAUAAAGGUAUACAGACUCCAGAGUGGCUCUCCUAUAGACUGCACAUUGCGGAUCAGAGACUCACUAUCCACAUGAAGGUCAAGAAGAUUUUCAUAACCAGACACUUCUCCAUAUUCACCUACACAGACCAGGGUGCUCUCAUAAAGGAUCAGCCUUUUGUCCCGAAGGACUGCAACUAUCAUGGUUAUGUGGAAGGAGACCCAGAGUCCCUGGUUGCUCUUAGCAUCUGUUUUGGGGGGUUGCAAGGAAUGUUACAGACAAAUGACACUCUUUAUGAAAUCAAGCCCAAAACACAUUCUGCCAAAUUUGAACAUCUGGUUUAUAAGAUUGACAGUGAGGAUACACAAUUCUCGUCCAUGAGAUGCAGAUUAACAGAAGAGAUAGCACAGCAAUUCCAGUAUCAAGAGCUUGAUAAUUCCAUCCUGAUGCAGAGCCAUUAUGAGGGUUGGUGGACCCACAGAUGGUACACAAGACUGGCUUUAGUUGUGGAUAAUGCACGACAUGUUUAUCUGGGCAGUAAUAUCUCAAACACACAGAAUGAAGUCAUCGAGCUUGUAAAUGUAAUGAAUAUUAUUUAUGCACCAUUGGACAUGGUCGUGGUUUUACCUGGAAUAGAGAUUUGGAAUGAACAAAAUCCCAUAGAAUAUGCAAAGAUGCCUGCUUACCUGAGUAGAUUUUGCAAAUGGAAAACAGACAUCUUUAACAAUCGCAUUCCCCAUGAUGUUAUCCAUCUUCUUGUAAGGCAUGGAUUUGGUUCAUAUCUUGGACUAGCCUUUCUUGGAGCAGUAUGUGAUAAUAGAUAUAAUUGUGCCGUUAAUAGUUUCAGGGAGAAAUCAGUGAUCCAAUUUGUAAGUACCAUAGCACACGAAUUAGGUCAUAAUUAUGGUAUGCAGCAUGAUACUCCAGGAUGUCGAUGUGCGAGUACAAAAUGCAUAAUGUUUCCAUCUAAAACUUCAUCAUCCAAAUUCAGCAACUGCAGUUACGACUAUUAUUGGACUACCACUAUAAAAAAGACCUGUUUGCGUGAAUUACCAUCUAAAGAUUCCUAUUUCACACGAAAGCGCUGUGGAAAUGGUAUUAUUGAAGAAGAAGAGGAAUGUGACUGCGGAUCUUUAGAAUCAUGUACAGAAGAUCCCUGUUGUUCGACAAACUGCACUCUUGUACCAGGGGCUGCUUGUGCUUUUGGCAAUUGUUGCAGGGACUGCCAAUUGGUGCCAUCAGGACAAGUAUGUAGAAAACAAAGCAAUGAAUGUGAUCUUCCAGAGUGGUGCAAUGGAACUUGGCAUGAAUGUCCAGAAGAUGUACACGUGCAGGAUGGGAGCCCUUGCUUGGGCAUGGGCUACUGCUAUGAAAAGAGAUGCAAUAUCCGUGAUGAACAGUGUAGGCAAAUUUUUGGCAAGAAAGCCAAGAGUGCGAAUGAGACUUGCUACAGAGAAAUUAACACCCGUGGUGACCGUUUUGGUAACUGUGGAAAUAAUAGCAGGUCAUAUCUAAGGUGUGAUAUUGACGAUAUUCUUUGUGGGAGGAUUCAAUGUGAGAAUGUGAUGGAAAUUCCCCCCUUGAGAAAUCAUUCUAAUGUGCAUAUAACUCAGGCACAUGGCCUCAAUUGCUGGGGUGUUGACUACCAUUUUGGGACAGUAACACCUGAUAUUGGUGAUGUGAAAGAUGGUACAGAAUGUGGUGAAGAGCGUGUGUGUAUCAAUAGGAGGUGUGUGCCUGUGCCAGCUUGGGAUAAAGAAUGUUUACCUGAUAUGUGCAAUAUGAAUGGAAUUUGCAAUAGUAAACAUCACUGCCAUUGUGGAAAUGAUUUUGCUCCACCAUACUGCCAACAAAAAGGCUAUGGAGGUAGUAUUGAUAGUGGUCCACCCCCUGAGAGAAAAAAAGAAGUUCCUAAAGUAAAAAAGGAGGAUAAUUCCUAUUUUCUCUUAUCAAUUCCACUUUUUGUUUUGCUUUGCUGCCUUUUACUUUUCUGUUGUUUGAUGAACAGAAAAUCUUCUGAAAAAGAAGAGCAAAAUGCUCAAACCUCACCUAACCAGCCAGCACAAAAUGUUCCAACUACCCGUAGCCAACCACAGAAAAAGGUACCUAAUAAAAAGUAGAGUAUUGUUUAAAUGCUGCCUAAGAAAGAUGAGUAAUUUUUCAAACUCCAUCUAAGAAAUAACAAUCAAAAUUAAAACUGAAGCUAAGAAAAAGAAAACAUUAUGUUUAAACUUUACCUAAGAAAGAAAAGCAAGCAAAAGAUUCAAAAUCACAUGAGAAAGAAGAGCAAAAACAUACAAUAUCAAAAAUAAAACUGAUCUGCAUUGAAAUUUCUCCUGUGUUAAAUUUUUGCAAGCAGAUGGCAGAAAUGUCAUUGCACAUGUCAUAGAAGACUUACUGAAAGUCCCAAUAAUUCAUUAUACUACAAUAUCAUGAACAUAGCUGAUAAAUAAAGAUAAAUCCUAACAUAUUAAUACUUUCCAUGAUUUUAAGAAAUUAUACUGGUUUACCUUUUAUGGAAUUAGUCUCUUUGUGCUUUCUGACCAAAAGCACCACAAAGGAUGGUUAUUGUUUGGGUUCCUUUGCUGUCUCCCAAUUCCAAAACUCCUUCUCUUUUUCAUUGUUUUGCCACAUGAUCAAUGGGAAAUGAUGAAGCACAUUGCUUCUUUGCCAGUAUCACCAAUUAUUUCCACCUAGAGUGGAACAACCAGACAGAUUACAAACCUAACAGGCCUGCUGAUUGUUUUUUUACAUCAUUGUUGCCUUAGUACCAGCUUUCACCCUGGCAGUGGCAGCUGCUUUCAGUCUGCACCUUAACACUACAUAUGAAUAUAUUUAAUAACUGCCUAACCUAUGGGUAUCGUCAACCUAGAGAUCUUAGCAGUUACCAUGUGAGCUCAGAGAACUCUCCCUCAAAAUUACAGAGAUUCUGGCAUCAAAUUGGAUGUACACUCUAUUCCAAAGAUCUACAUUAGAUAACCCCAGCAACUUCCCUUG